AUGGAACAACAAAAGCUUGAGCAACAGCCAAUAAUUAUAGCCAUGAAAGGACAUCCGGGCACAGGCAAGAGCACACUAGCCCACUCCAUAGCUUCAUCUCUCAAAUGCCCUCUAAUCGACAAAGACCAUGUCCGUGAUUCCACACAGUCUCUUCAACAAACCCUGCUCCUCCUUUCCUCGCCGCCGGCCACCGCUCACAAUCUGCUUAACGACUUAUCCUACGAAAUCCUAUUUCAAAUGGGUUCGACCCAGGUGGGUUUGGGUCUCAGCGUCGUGAUAGACUCGCCGCUGUCUCGCCGGACUCACCUCGACAGGUUAGAACAACUGGCGGCGGCGUCUGGGGCAAGGAUUGUGAUCGUUGAGUGUCAGCCGAAUGAUGUUUCCGAGUGGCGCCGGCGACUGGAGAGGAGGGGUGAGGCGGAUGGGUCGAGUUGGCACAAGCCGGCGUCGUGGCCGGAGUUGGAGAGGCUGGUGGAGGGGCAAACUGGGUCAAGUGCUGGCUUGAAAUCACUGGAAGAAGAAAAGGUCGUCGGAUAA